CGGGAGUCAGCUCAGGACGGAGGAUGGCACCGCGCACAAAGGUGAAUGCUAGACUCACGCUAAACCUCUUCUGGAGAUGGUAAUUCACACCCAAUCACCGGGCGCCGAACGCUGCGCUGAACCACCUUGUCGAUCACCCUGCCGUUUGCCCUGCAGCGCAAUAUAUUGUACUCCCCGACACGGCGCCCGAUAUAACCAGUCGCAGUGGGGUUGAUGCAGCUCCUGAUCCGAGGCAGUGGAAUCUGUUUUGGACAUCCAUUAACGACCUACAUUCGGUCCUCGCAAGGCGCAGCUGGUGUGGCACAGCUGCAUCUUCUUUGAACAAUUGACUUUCCCGGAAGAUUCCUUCUCCUGCAACGAUUCUCAGACUUUUACUUCGCGAUCCGGGCCAGUCGUCUAUAUCAAUCUCAAGAAGCUCCUUCACCUUCUUUCCCGUACUUCUGCAGGGCUGCAAACUUCACCUCACCUGCUAUCCAACGACACCUCGUACAUCAUGGCAGCUCCAAGCGGAUUCACUCCCAAGCAAAUGGCCCCACGCAGCCCGGGCGUUCUCGACGCCAUUCAGGGCACAGUGACCAAGCAGAUUGCCAAACAUGCCCUCAGCUUGGCCCCUCCCAUCACGUCCGAGUCCAUCGUCCACGACAAUGCGUGCGGCACAGGUGCCGUCACAGAGACCAUCAUGGAAGGCGGUGUUGCGCCCGCCAAACUCCACGCCACCGAUCUGAUGCCUCCAUUUGCGCAGAUUGUGGCGGGCAAGGCGCAGCAGAACGGCUGGGGUUUCGUGGAGACGGCGCCGAUGAAUGCCAUGGAGCUCGGGUUUCCCGAUAACACUUUCACGCACUCGAUCAGCAACUUCUUCAUCCAGGCGGUGCCGGUGCCGGCGAAGGCUGCUGCGGAGAUUUAUCGCACUGUCAAGCCUGGACAGACGGCGAUCGUUACGUCCUGGGCACCUGUCCCCCAUUCCGAUGCCAUUGAGACAGCAAGCGAGGUGACGCGCGGAAAGGAUGUCGUUCUUCCCAUGAGGUUCUCUCCAGAGACAUACACGGCUGGCUGGCUGGAGAAGCUACUGAAGGAGACAGGGUUCUCGAGUCUACACAUUGAAGAUUUCGAUGGAUACUGCCACACUGAUGACCUGAGACAGUGGUGCACCCACCUGUGGAGCUUCAUGGGUGCUGCGGCAGGAGGCUGGACGCCGAAGGACGAGGAGGACUGGGACUUGGCGAUAGACACAAUGGUCAAAACCUUGAAGGAGAAUCCGGAUGUGGAGGCCAGGGAGGAUGGCAGUGCCACUGUCAAGAUGGUGGCUCACAUCGCUAUCGCUACUAAGUGAGGGCCAUUGUAGCGGCUAUGCUUCCAUGCAAGUGAGAAUGGCUAUCUCUGGUGGCAGCCGAAAUGGCUCAGAGGACGGAGUUGCAUGUCUUUGUUAGGAGGUAUCUAAAAUCAUGAGAGGAG